AUGGCACCAUAUGACACGCCAGAGUCGAUUGAGAAGGCCAUCGUGACGUCAAAUGAUUCUGUAACCGGUAGCGAAAGUACUGCUCCCAAAGCUGAAGAGCCAGUUGCUCCACAAGCGAAUAAUACAGGGUAUAAUAAUGCAGAGCAUGAGUUUGAUACGGGCUUCGCGGCCUGGCUGCAGGUGCUUGGGUCUUUCUUUUUGUUUUUCAAUUCAUGGGGCCUGAUCAAUACAUGGGGUGCAUUUCAGACUUACUAUGAAGAACAAAUCCUAGCGCAUGAGUCGGCGUCAACGAUAUCCUGGAUAGGUUCCAUUGAGUCUUUCCUUCUCAUGUUCAUCGGGGUCGUUGCAGGCCCUCUGUUCGACGCCGGCUAUCUCCACGUCAUUCUGCCAUUCGGCAGUUUCAUGGUCAUCUUUGGCUAUAUGAUGACUAGUCUCGCCACCGAAUACUAUCAAGUCAUGCUGGCACAGGGUAUUUGCGUUGGUAUCGGCACUGGCUUCUUAUUCGUCCCCGCGGUGGCCCUUUUACCGCAAUACUUCCGAAAGAAACGAGCUCUAGCAAACGGGCUUGCAGCUUCAGGUAGCAGUUUUGGCGGUGUGAUCUAUCCGAUUAUGUUCGAUCAGCUCCAGAAACAAGUUGGCUUCGCCUGGGCAACUCGUGCCAUCGCUUUUGUGUCUUUGGCGACAUGUACCUUUUCAUGUCUCGUUCUACGUGCACGUUUUCUUCCAACAGAACGACGAUCUUUGAUCCAGCUCUCUGCUUUUAAAGAAGUUUCGUAUACGCUAUUUUGUCUCGCACUGUUCAUGGGUUUUUUGGGCUUCUACAACUUCCUUAUCUACGUCCAGCCAUGGGCAAUUCAGACCGGAGUCGUAAACGCCAAUCUAGGCUUCUAUCUAGUCUCGAUCCUGAACGCUGCCUCGAUCUUUGGCCGUAUCACACCAAAUCUGAUUGCCGAUUAUACUGGCCCACUCAAUAUUUUCUUACCGGCUGCUAGCAUUACGGCCCUGAUGGCCUUUUGCUGGAUUGCCGUCCACUCGGCUGCGGGGAUCAUUAUCUUGACUCUUCUUUAUGGGUUUUUCUCCGGAGGAUUCGUAUCCUUACCUCCUGUCGUCAUGAUGACCAUCACGAAGGACUUCCGAGAUCUCGGAACUCGACUGGGCAUGUGUUUUGGGCUUUGUUCCAUUGCUGUCUUGGUGGGCACACCGAUUGGUGGCGCGAUUCUAUCUGCUGGGAAUUCUUACCUUGGCGUACAACUGUUUUGUGGACUUUGUCUUGCAGCUUGCGCGGUGGUGAUCCUGAUUAUUCGUUUCAUUCGUGUUGGAUGGAAUUUGACGGUUCGGACUUGA